AAGACCUUUGAUUAGGUGUGAAAUAACCAGAAAAAAAAUUAAAAUUAAACUUAAUUAUUUUUCACAUACUUACAUACAUAAUUAUAUUUUUAUUUGCUAAUGAGAAUGCUAUUAGACUAAUAAUCAACAGGUUUUUUUUCUAACAAUUAAUGAGUUUAGUAAAACUGAACCUUAUUCUAGGCCAUAAAUUGCUUUGUGUAUGAAUAACAUAAUUUCCUAAUAUAAUAUCAACUGAGUAAAAUUCAUUUGAAAUUAGUUAUGCUUAGAAAAAUAUAUUUUUGCUUUGUAUGACGACUUAGGUUCAUUAAAAACGAUUUAAUUCAUUAUUUAAAAGGGAUAUUCAAGAACCUAUUAACAAGAAAAUAAACAAAAUGAACAUUUUAGGCCACGAUAUCUGUCCUAUUCUACAAGCAUUAGCUGUUGUACUUUUAGUUGUUGUUAUCACUGUUGUUUCAUUGAUUAAAUUUUAUAAUUGUAUUACUUGCGGCUAUUUCAGGCAAAACGUGAAAAUGAACGGAAAAACAGUUAUAGUAACCGGUGCUACAGGGGGAAUAGGCAAAGAAACUGCCAGAGAGCUUGCCAAAAGAGGAGCCAGAGUCAUUAUGGCAUGCCGAAAUCCGGAUUCCGGAAAAGCAGUUAGAGAUGAAAUCGUCGAGUCAACCAAAAACGAAAACGUAGUCGUGAAAAAACUGGACCUGUCUUCUCAAAAAUCGAUCAGAGACUUUGCCCAGGAUAUUUUGAGAACUGAACAACGGUUAGACGUUCUGUUACACAAUGCCGGCACUGCUGAAAACAAAAUCGUAAAGACUGAAGAUAACUUGGAAUUGACAAUGGCCACCAAUCAUUUCGGUCCAUUUCUACUAACCCACUUACUAAUCGAUUUGCUGAAAAGAUCUGCACCAUCGAGAAUAGUGAUCGUGGCCUCAGAGCUGUAUCGUUUGGCCUCAGUAAACUUGAACAACCUGAACCCUUCAAGCUCGUGGUUUCCACCAUACUUAUACUACGUGUCCAAGUACGCGAAUAUUUACUUCAGCAAUGAGCUGGCUAGAAGGUUGGAAGGAUCUGGAAUAACAACGAAUUGUCUACAUCCUGGUAUGAUUGAUUCUGGCAUUUGGAGGAACGUACCCGUACCGUUAAACUGGCCUAUGAAGUUGAUUAUUAAGUUGUUCUUCAAGACUCCAGUCCAAGGUUGUCAAACGAGUGUAUAUCUGGCAUGUUCGGAGGACCUCCAAAACGUAACUGGAAAAUAUUUUAUGGACUGCAAGGAAACUACUUUAAGUAGAGCAGCUAUGGAUAUGUCCAAAGCCAAGAAAUUAUGGGAAUUGUCAGAAGAACUGGUCAAUUUGAAAUCCUCAGACCCUAAAAUUUAAAUUCUGAUCCCUUUUUUGAAGCUGUUUUAUGUCAAUUAAGUUUUUUUUUAAAAUAUCGACACUAUUUUUUACGUGAAAAAUAAAUAUCAUUUAUAUUUUUUAAUAUUUGAUUGAGCGAAGGUAUUUCUAAAACAAAGCAACAAAAAAAUAUAAAAUUUGCUUGACAUAAUAAUUAUUGUACUGAAAUUUUAGUCUUAGUUUUAUUAGAGUGAUUGAAAGACACUUAAUAAAUACUAUAUUUUAAAAUGC